AUGUCGUCUUGGCAAGAUUACGUCGACAAACAUUUGUUGGCCUCCAGGUGCGUCACCAAAGCGGCGAUCGCCGGACAUGAUGGUAACGUCUGGGCCAAGUCAGAAGGAUUCGACGUGAGUAUAAUAAGCAUGUUUGGUCGGCGGGGUGCGCACGCGGUCAGGCCGCCUGGUCAUCGUUGUCGGGAUUGUUAUUCGUUCUGCAACGGCAUGACCUCCGGGAACUGUUUGUCUACACCACCGCCCGUACCUACCCGCCCAUCAAUGUUGUGCUCCUGGCAAUACAAUUUAUUCUGUGUCUUGUACCCAUCUUUCGACGAUAUUUAUUUCAUUUGAUCUUGAUUUCAUUAGCUUUAUGUCCUACCUAACCUAACUUUCGGCUCUGCUUGUUAGGCCAGUUUCACAUUUGCAAGUGACACACAAUACUCGAUCUACGCGACUAUAAUUCAAGAUGUAUAAUCAAAAUCGCUCAUCGCUCGUCGUUGUUUCAAAAUAUUUAACAUGGUAAAUCCCAAUCCCAUCACUCUGCUAUCACCACCAGUUGCUUGUCAAUGUGAACCUGGUCUUUUGCAACCUAGAUAGGUUCCUAUCCUCUGUAGGUAAAUGUACGAUCCAAGUAGGUAGCUAUUAAUUUGCAUGUACCUACUAACUUAUUUAUUAAUUGGAUACUUUCUUGUUAUUCGAGAAUAUCCUGUUUUGAAAAUCCUGUUAUUUCAAAAUCAGCUUUUUCAAGUUUGCUAGAGUUGUAUGCACUCUAACAACCUGAAUAAAUUGUUGUUUUUCUUUUAUAUUUAAUAAUAUUGCAUUUAGGAGAGUAGACAUGGUUCGAUCAGGAACUUGAACCAAAAAACAUUAUUUAGUUUUAUGAUAUAGUACAAAAACCCAUUUUAUGGAAGUAUUCUGCGUGCAUUAUUUGUGCGCUUAGAAAGUAAGCUUUCGUCUAUUUCAAUAAUUUUACCAAGUCCUCUAAUUUUUCCUCGGUUUCUUGCCUCAAUACUGAGAACACAAACUUCCCGCAAAUAAUUAUUUCAGUCUAUGACAGUAUUUUUGUCUGUUUUCAAAUUUUGUUUAUAUCAUUUUCUAGAAGUUGACCCUUCAGUCCAAGCAAAAAUAAAUCAUAUAACAGUAGCAAAUGAGAGAUGACUAUUCAAACUAAGUGUUAUAUUGGACACUUACCUUUUUUUUGCCAAUUUUUAAUUCCAAAAUAUGAGUUUUCUGAAGUAUGGUUUUGUAUCAUGACCCAGUGGCAUCAUUUGGGGAGGGACUGGGAAAGUAUUUACCUCUCCUUGUCAUCAGCGGACCUCUAUUGGCUGGGUAUAGGUUAGUUUUGGGCCACUAGCCUGCAAACAUAAUUCAUGAUUUGUGUUGCAUACGACCACCCUGAACUACAGUUUUUUAAGAUUGAUUUGUGAUUAUAAUUGUGAUAGUGUGGUAAUUGUAUGCAAUUUUUUUUAUUGUACUUUUUGUUAACAUUGCACUGUAUCUGAAAUUGCCGAGUUGGCGAGUUCUCAUAAGAGUCCUUGUAAAUUUUUGGAGAGUGUCUAUUCUUAUAUUUCAAUUUAUUCUAUGAUUAUACUGAUGUCCAUAGUGACAUGGUUAUAUUUUUUGGAAUUACAUCUAUUAUACUCCAUACAUAUCGGCGCAAAUAAAACAUAAGUUAGAAAAAAAUUAAUCUCAAAUUAAAUCAUACAUUAGGUAAUUGGUAAUAUAUUUAGUUAUCCCUUUACAUAUAUAUUUAUUAUUUAAUCGUUCUCUCAAAAAAAUGGGUUAUUCAUGCCUAUGAUAGCAAUUAUAAAAUGAUUUAAUCAGCCAAUAAGUAUUGAGAUAAAAAUGUAAUUGUAACGGAUAAAUUAGCGAACGCUUUUUUUUCAGUUGUAUUAUGGGUCAGUUAAAUAUUUUGCUCCUCCUCUCAAAAACCAAAAUGACGCCACUGUUAUGACCAUUUUUGCAUUUUCUUUGGAUGUGUUAAAUACCACGUUUAUGAAGUAGCCUUACUGCUUCUUCUUUUGUGUCAAGUAAAGACCAAACGUCCAUAAUAUUAUUUAAUUAAUACAAAAUUAGUUAAAUUAAAAUUAACAGCAAACACAACAAAUGUGAUUAACAUAAUUAUUAUACAACGGCAAAACAGUCCACUUUUAAAAAUCAUAAUAUACAGGAAACACCACAUUACAAAAAUUAAUAAUAUAGGUAAUAAUAGAUAAUUGUGAAUUGCGAUGCUAGAAGUAGUAGUCAUGAUAGUCUUGUAUAACAGGAAUGUACCAUUAAUUGUGUAAUUAUCUGCAUUUGAGAAUAAUUGAAAUUGUGUAAUGGUCCUGUGUGUUAUCUAGGAUCUUGCAUGGAAAUAAUUAUUAAUUAUUUCUACUGAUUUAGAGACUUGCUUAAAUAUAUAUUAUAUUCUACAAUAAGUCCUCAUUUAAUGUUAAGGUUAGGUUCCUGAUAAACAUAACGUUAAUUGAAGCACUUUUUACGUACACUUUAUUAUAGUGGGUUCCUAUCAAUAAAUAAUAAUGUAUUAUUAUUAUAAACAUAUUAUUAUUUUAAUUAUUAUAAUGGCACGAUUCACCCAAUUAUUUUAUUUAAAAAUUAUUAAUUGUUUGUAUUAAAUUAUAUUAAAUUACAUAUUAUACAUAUAAUGAAAACUUAUAAUUAGGUUUACAUACUUCUUUACAAUUUAUUCCUUAAAAUUGAGUAGUGUUGACUAUUUAGCUAGCUUUUUUUCAUCAUGAUACAAUUCUCAGUAACACGUUAAGUUGUUUAAAAGAUUUUGCUUAACCUGUGAAAAUCUUUCAUGAUUUGUGAAUCUUCAUCAUUUAUAAUUUGAAGGCAUUCUUCAAUUAAUUGGAAAUCUUUAGAUAACCUUAAUACAUAAAUAAAAAUAGUACCUACAUAUGACAGGUAUGUCAACCAAACCAAUAACAGUAUUAGCUGAAAAAGGUUGAUGAAAUUAAAUUACUUAUAAGAAUUAUACAAAGUAUACAUAAAUACAUACAUAUAACUAAAAUUUGAUACGUGGACUUACUGUAAUUGAAAUUAGAAAUAUAUGUAUACACUAGCAACUAAAUCCACUCACUCACAAAAAGACAUAUUUAAUUUUUUUUAAAUGGCUAAACCAAUUAUCACAAAACAGAAUUUUUUGAAAACCUAAUGAGUUUACAUUACAGUGACACCAUUAUCUUAAAAAUGUCUUAACUAUCUUACCUAUGACCUAUCUUAUCUAUGACAGAACGAAAAGUGAUCAAAAAAGAUCACAAUGGAAAUAUUUUCUGUGAGUAUUAAAUUUACAAAAUGUCUUUCUUAUUUUCAUAUUUUACAUAAAAAAGUAAAUAUUCAUUUUUUGAUUAUUUAGAAAUAAUCAAUUUUUUCUUAUCAUGAUGCCAGUUUUUAUGUUUUCUGAUUGGCUGUUGUAGAUGUGACCUAUGUGUCAGACCUCAAUAGUAUUCAUAAAAUAAAAAUAUCAAAAUAUUAUAAUAAUAUUAUAUGAAUAAUACAUUUGUGAUAUUCAUGUUAUAUAUUUAUUAAAAACUUAUUAUACUUAAUUUGACUCCUAAAUAUUUUUUUAGAGUAGUUAUUAAUAAACUAAAUAUGACUGAAUGAUUCAAAAUAGUUUAAUAUCAAAAUAUACACAUUAUAAAUAUUAAAAUAAAUUAUAUAAAAUUUAUUUAAAAGAUUAAACAAGCAUUGAUUUGGUUUAGUAAUAAAAUUGCUCUAUUUCUAAAAAUUAAUGAUUUUUUACACAAUUUAUAUCAAUGAUAGUUUAAAAAAAAAACUAAUUAACAGUGUAAUAAAAACUUAAAUAAUUUAGUACCUUCGUAAUUAUUAUUUUUUAAUUAAAUUUAUAUUUUCUGAAUUCCAUAAUUCAUAUAAUAUUUUUAGAAAUAUAUUUAUUUUAGAUGUCAGAUUAAAAAGACAUUUAGGUUUUUAAUAAUUUUUUUUGUUUCUAUCUUCCAAUACAAUAUAUUAUACAUCUAUUAUAACUUUUGGAACUCAACCUAUUAUUUAUCAAUACAAGCAAGUUGUGAUAGUUGUUAAAUAUUAUGUUAUAUAGGUACUUGUCUUUUGUAAAAAAAAACUAUUGAUAUGUAGAUUUUUCAUAAAGCUCUAAUGAUCAUUGUUGUUAAAGUUUAUUUUUAUCAUUAUAAAUAUAAUACAUAUUAAUCUAGGUGCUACAGUUAAAGGUACAAGUUAAAUAAUCAUGUAAUAAUUUAUGUUAUAUUAUUACAUAGUACAGGAUGCUAGGUAAUCCACUAAGGCCUGCGCACCCCAUUUUUUUGAUUAAAUUUUGAUACUAACCACUGGCAAUGUUAUUUUAUAUAACAAUAUAGUAUAUUUUCGUUUCUUUAUAAAUUAGUAGUAGGUAUGUCAUUUAUUUUAUAGCAAGCACUAUAGAACUUAGUCCUUUAAAAUGAUACAAAUUACCUAUGUAUAAUAUUUAGUUAUAAUUAUUAUUAAAGUUCCUAUUUUUUUGUUUAUUCCUUAGGUAUCAAAAGAAGAAUUGACUAAAAUUGCUUUGGGUUUUGAUAAUCAAGACACAUUAACAUCUACUGGCAUAACUUUGGCAAAUACUCGCUAUAUUUAUUUAUCAGGCACUGAGAAAGUUAUAAGGGCUAAACAAGGAAAAGUUGGAGCUCAUUGUGUGAAAACUACACAAAGUAAGUUUUAUGAACUUAUUAUUACAUGGACUCGGAAGUGAAAGCUUCAAAAAGUUAAUUUUUACUGUUUUUAAUAUGCACCUGAACAACUAAAUUAAGCCCUAUAACAUAGUACUAAAAAUUUGAAAGUAUGCAAAAUAAUUUUAUCUAUAAAAAUAUAUUUUUUAUAUUUUAUUUUUUAAUCUUGUUUCAUUUAAAUAGGAUCUGUUAGUUGCAUAAUGAUGUGACUGUCAUAGUUUUAUUACAUAUUUGUGUGUGGUUGUUUGGGCCAAAAUAUAAUUAUAGCCUAUACAUUAAAAAAAAAACAAAUGUCUGUGACAUUAGUGAAUUAUAAAAUAAAUUUGUUUCUUUUGGAAAAUGGUCUAGGUGUCAUCCAAAUUAAUUUGCAAGUGUUAAUAUUUCCUAGCUCUGAUUAUUACCUAUCAAGAAACCAAAUUUGGUUUAUAUUAUUUUAUAUUAAGACAUAGUACAUUUGUAUUUACUAAAUUAUAUUAAUAUUAAAGUUAUUUGUUUAUAUUUAAAUUAAAUUAAUAUUAUCUAAGUUUAAACAAAAGCUGGGUAAGUACUCAAUUUUUAUUGAUUGAGUUAUUAUGUUAAUGUCUUAUCUUGAUUAAGAAAUUUAUAUUUAAUUUAGCUAAGUGUAUUUUUAAAUUCUGUGUGAGAAAUGUAUUGUUUUUAUUUUGUACUUUUGUCUCAGUCUGUAAACUACUUCUAUCAAAAAUCUUGUUCUAAUUACAAAAAUGACAUGAGACAUUUUUUGUCGCAUUUUAGAUCUGAUUGUUGUAUUGAAUGAUUAGUUUUUGAUUUUCCAGCUUUUAUAAUAAUUGGAUAAACAACAUUUUGAAGAAUAUCAUGUUUUCUGAAAGUUGUUUUUUAAUUUUUCUUUCUUAAUAAUUGGAAACAAUUUAUGAAAACAGUAAAAAAGUCCAUGGUCUUUUUGUUGUUAAAAUUUUGUUUAAAAUAACAUUUUUAAGAGACUAGAAAUUUUGAAAAAAAAUAUUUAUUGCUAUUCAAAUUUUGAAACCAGUUAAUUUUGCUCAAUUUUUAGACACUUGAAAUUUCAAGUUUUUAUUUGGUAGGUUAAUAUUUGGUAAAAAUAGUUUGACAAUUUAAUACAAGAUUCAUUAUAAGCUGCAUCUAAUUGUUAAAAAAAAAAUUGUGCAUAAUAUAUAAUUAUUGUUUCAUAUUAUCAAUAUAUUCUACAUUAUUUACAAUUUUGUAUUGUUUGGUAAUAUAACAUUUUUUUUUUUGCAGCCAUUGUUGUGUCAUUGUACGAAGAUCCGGUCCAACCACAACAAGCUGCAUUGGUUGUUGAAAAACUUGGAGAUCAUUUAGUUUCACAUGGUUAUUAA